AAGUCUAUAUAUGCCAUUCAUCACUUUAUAAACGCGUUUCAACGGCAGGUGAUUCCUUAACUAGGAGGGAAUCCCUUCAAAGUAAAAUAGAACGAAAGAGAAACUAUUACUCAGUUGCCUUCAUUCUCUCACGCCUAUAUAUAUUGAGGGUUUGGCAAAAGGGCAGGGCUAACGAAUGGGCAUUUCCAUGGUGAAACCGAUGAAGCUUGCUCGUGGACUUUUCCAAGGUCAAGAAACUAGGCCAUCAUCAUCGACGGCCGGUGAACCAACGACGAAUAGUGCGGCGGGCUUGGGUGAACAGCGGGUACCCGACCCAAAAGCUUUCACCUUCAUGGAGCUCAAAGCUGCCACCGGGAAUUUUGGUGCAGAAAACGUGGUUGGGGAGGGAGAGUACGGUAUCCUCUUCAAAGGUUGGGUAGACCAAAAGACGUUGGCUCCGUCGUCCCAACCGGGAACCGGAAUGGCGGUGGCUGUAAGGAUACUUUCACGAAGGAUGCUUAGGCCUAUAAAUCAAGAAACUGAAUAUGAAGUUAAAGGCUGGGCUCAAUUCCAGCACAAAAAUAUCGUGAGGUUGAUUGGAUAUUGCUUGGAUGAUUCUACACAACAUCUUAUGGUCCAUGAAUUCAUUGGAACGGGAAGUACUUUACAUAACCAUCUUUUUGAGAGAGAUGAUAGACUUAUGGAGCUUUGGUCUAUAAGGAUACGUUUAGCGGUUGAUGUUGCGAGAGGGUUGUGCUACUUGCAUGGUCUCAAUGGAAAUGUCUUUUACGGUGAUCUUAAGCCUACCCAUAUCUUUCUAGACUCGGAUUACACUGCAAAACUUUCAGAUGUUGGCAUCAAAGGAAUUUCAAUUUUUUAUAACAGGCAAGGUUCUUCCAUUGGGCAUGCACACGCGAUGACGAUACCAGAAACAGCAUACAUGUCACCAGAACACUGCCAAACAGGUACAUGUACAAAAAAAAGUGAUGUGUAUUGCUUUGGGAUGGUGUUGUUAGAGCUGCUAUCGGGAAGGUCGAUGUCCUCUAUUCAUCCUCAGUACCGUUGGCAGCCCCUGAGAAAAAAAUCAAUUAUCCAAAUUAUGGACCCAAGGAUCAGAUGUUAUCCAAUGAAAGAAGCUAAAGUUGCCGUCUCUAUAGCUUAUAAGUGCAUCCAAGUAAACCCUGGGGAAAGGCCAUUGAUGGCAGAUGUUUUAUCCAAUUUAACACGGAUUGUUUAUUGACAUGUUGUGUCUGUGUAUCAAACACAUAAUCGUCAUGAAUACUCUCAUAAACUCUUGCUUGCAUGCAUUGAGGUGAAAUUUCUCAGAAUAAGUUCUGGAUUGUACUUUUAUUUGCUUUUUUUAAACAGUGAGAUACUUAAUCUUGUAACUCAUCGGCACUCAUUACAACGAUGUUGUUUGUCUUGGAUUUAAAAGAUUUGUUUCUUCUUCUUCUUCUUCAACGUAUCAGUCUUUUUUUGUAACGGUUUCUAA